UUUAUGUUCAGGAUCACUAGUUUGAGAUGCCUACAUAGAAGAGUGACAGCAGCUAGACUGAACUGGUUCCUCAGGUAUCCUGGCUUAGAGAUUGCUAUGGGAGAUUGGAUGACUGUUACAGAUCCAGGCCUGUCUUCAGAAAGCAAAAUUAUCUCUCAAUAUACCUCAGAAACAAAGAUGUCUCCAUCAAGCUUAUACUCACAGCAAGUGCUAUGUUCUUCAAUACCUUUAUCAAAAAAUGUGCACAGUUUUUUCAGUGCCUUCUGCACAGAAGAGAAUAUUGAACAGAGUAUUUCAUAUCUUGAUCAGGAAUUGACAACUUUCGGUUUUCCUUCAUUAUAUGAAGAAGCCAAAGGUAAAGAGACAAAGAGAGAAUUAAACAUAGUAGCUGUUUUAAAUUGUAUGUAUGAGCUACUUGUACUUCAGCGGAAGAACCUUCUAGCUCAGGAAAAUGUGGAAACACAGAAUUUGAAACUGGGAAGUGACAUGGACCAUCUGCAGAACUGCUACACAAAACUAAAGGAACAACUGGAAACCUCCAGAAGGGAAAUGAUCGGGCUUCAGGAAAGAGACAGACAAUUACAAUGCAAGAACAGGAGUUUGCAUCAGCUAUUGAAAAACGAGAAAGACGAGGUACAAAAAUUGCAAAACAUAAUUGCCAGUCGGGCUACUCAGUAUAAUCAUGAUAUGAAGAGAAAAGAGCGUGAAUAUAAUAAACUGAAGGAGCGUCUGCAUCAGCUUGUUAUGAACAAGAAAGAUAAAAAAAUAGCCAUGGAAGUUUUGAAUUAUGUGGGGAGAGCUGAUGGCAAGAGAGGCUCCUGGAGGACUGGUAAAACGGAAGCCAGGAAUGAAGAUGAAAUGUACAAAAUUCUCUUGAAUGAUUAUGAAUAUCGUCAGAAACAAAUCCUAAUGGAAAAUGCUGAACUUAAGAAGGUUCUUCAGCAAAUGAAAAAGGAAAUGAUUUCUCUUCUUUCUCCCCAAAAGAAGAAACCCAGAGAAAGAGCAGAUGAUAGUACAGGAACUGCCAUCUCUGAUGUUGAAGAAGAUGCUGGGGAACUGAGCAGAGAGAAUAUGUGGGACCUUUCCUGUGAAACUGUGAGAGAGCAGCUCACAAACAGCAUCAGAACACAGUGGAGGAUUUUGAAAAGUCACGUAGAAAAGCUUGACAACCAAGUUUCAAAGGUACACUUAGAAGGUUUUAAUGAUGAAGAUGUAAUCUCACGACAAGACCAUGAACAAGAAACCGAAAAACUUGAGUUAGAAAUUCAACAAUGUAAAGAAAUGAUUAAAACUCAGCAGCAACUUUUACAGCAGCAGCUUGCUACUGCAUGUGAUGAUGAUACCACUUCACUAUUACGAGACUGUUAUUUGUUGGAAGAAAAGGAACGCCUCAAAGAAGAGUGGUCCCUUUUUAAAGAGCAAAAAAAGAAUUUUGAGAGAGAAAGACGAAGCUUUACAGAGGCUGCUAUUCGCCUAGGAUUGGAGAGAAAGGCAUUUGAGGAAGAAAGAGCCAGUUGGUUAAAGCAACAGUUUUUAAAUAUGACUACCUUUGACCACCAGAACUCAGAAAAUGUGAAACUUUUCAGUGCCUUCUCAGGAAGUUCUGAUCGGGACAAUCUUAUAGCACACUCGAGGCAACGACAGAAGAAGCCUCACGGUGUGUCCAGUGGGUCUCCAGUUUGCACAUCUAAACUUACUAAAUCUCUUCCGGCUUCACCUUCGACUUCAGACUUUUGCCAGCCACGUUCCUGUGUAUCUGAACACAGUUCAGUCAAUGUACUGAACAUAUCUCCUGAAGAAACCAAGCCAAAUCAGGUUGGAAGAGAAUGUACCAAUCAGAAGUGGAGCGUGGUGUCAAGACCUGGCUCGCAGGAAGGUUGCUAUGGUGGAUGCUCCUUGACCUACACAAACUUUCACGUCGAGAAAGAUGACUUACCGUAGAUGUGUGGACUGGAAUGUUUUCAUUAACACAUCAUCAGUUUUCACAUCUAAGUUGAAACAGGGUGUGUCAUAAAGUCAAUGAUCUCUAUAAUAAUUUAAGAUGGUCUGAGUUGUUUGUUUGAACUUCCCUGUCUUCCCCCAAAGAGCUGAAAUCUUAAAUCUAUUUAAAAGGAUAUAAAAGCUUUGGAUAUGUAUUUUUAGUAACAGAAGCAUCUGGUUCUGUGAAUAAAGGAAUGUAUAGAUGUUUGGAUGGAUUAAAGCACUAGAAUGAGUUUCCUCUGAUAGUCACUAAAAAUAGCACUUUUAGGAAACUGAUUAUUGUAAAUGUUUAAUUUGUCUCGAAUAUAGUUGGCAUUGGAAGCUUAGCCUUUACUUGAAUGUAUACUGUAGAUUUUUAACAAAGCAAGUUCUAUAUUUAUUAUGUUUAGUGUGAUUUGAAAUUACCUCUUUCAUAUGUUUUAAAUAAAGUGAAAUUUAUGUAUGUUUUGUACAUAGAUAUAAUACAUGAUUAUGUUAAGAGGCUUUAAGAUUGAAAAGUUUUACACAACCAUAACUAUAGUAUUUCAUGUCAAUAUAAUUUUUUUUAGGGGUAUUCUGUUUACAGAUGUAUUAGAACCAUUGCCAGAUUACAUUGAAGAAGUUUUAGAAUCCAUCCGGGCAAUAAAUAUUGAAAACUAUUCCACGAAGCCAAGUUCUUUAGAUAAUCAACAUUAUUAACAUUACAUUUUUGAGAUUUUUAUAGCAUUAGAUUUUUAUUUUAUAUAUGUUGGAUAUUAUAAUCUUUAAAAGGACUAUUGAUAGAGUAAUAGGGACAAGACAACAGAAGUACUUUUGAAUAAAAAGUUUCAGAAUAUUGGUUUAGGCUGUUUGGAUGAUGGAAGAGAUAUCUAGAUGGUGAUAUUUUUCCUUACCAGAUGGAUACCAGUACAGUAAUAUCUGUAGCUAGGGCUUUGUAUCAUUAUCAGGAAAUUCUAGAUGAUUUUUUAAUGAGCUAUUUACCACUAAUGAUAAAGAAAUAUGACAAUGUAAAAGCAUCAAAUUUUAUAGUUCAGAUAUUACGAUACUCUGGACCAACUUGUGUCAUUUCAUUUUCAGAACAAUCUUAGGCUCUUUCUGUCUCUAAUGUUUUUGAUUGCAUGUUUCUUCAUGAAAAGUAUGUUAUUACCGAUAGUAUGAUAGGCCCAGGCUCUUUCCAGGAUUUUCAUCAAAAAGCUUGAAGUGCCUAACCCUGCUUGCCUCUACACAGUCGCCUGCACAGAGCUAGUCCUUGCUAGGCACUGUAGCUUAGGCCCGUCUACCCUUCCCGUUCUCUAGCCAUUCAGGCAUUUACAGACACUCACCCUGUUGUGGCUAUUUCGUUUAAAAUUGCCAUAUUACCAAAAAAAAAAGAAAAACCUAUUUGUAUCAUCCAUUCACUGUAUGCAACUCUUUGGACUUGUGUAGUGGCAGCCGUUUUGGGGGCUGAUAGGAUAUCAUUUAAGAGUAUCUUAUGAGAUGUUAAUAAAUAUAACACAGUAACCAUAUUUAUAGUCUGGAAGAGCUAGCUCUUGAACAUUAGUCACUCACUACUUUCAGCUUGAUGCAUGGUCACUUCUUUAACUGUUUAAAAUAUUACAGAUGGUACAAAAUAUCCGUGAUACUACCAUAUUCAAAGGAAGAAACCUAGGUGGGAUAUAAUUAUUCUUUGGCUAUUGAGUAAUAAUGUCACAGAAGGGCAAUCAGAAAUUGUAAGUGUUUAGUCAAUGAUACAUUUGUCAAGAAUAUUUUCCUCUGGGGUUCUCCAUGAAUACUUUGCUAGAAAUAAGCAUUCUGAUUUUUAAAGUAAAUCUCUUUAGGAAAUGUUAUAUUCCAUGACAAUGGAUUUCUAGGAAGCAGCAUCUAUCUUUUAUGUUGUGUGUUUCCAUUUCUCAUACUGGAAAGAAAAAUUCCUUGAGACUUUAAGGUGUGAAGGAAGCAGCAAAGUGAAAACCAGGUUCAUUGUACUUUUGACGUCUGUGUAGAUCUAGAAAUGUUGUACGUUUUACUAACAGCGUCACUUUUGUUUCACUGCACAUUCCAACUCCAAAUUGAUCCCCAGUCACCCUGUCUUCCUGUAAUCUAAGAGUGGUGUCUGUGCUGGAAAACCCCUGACUCCACACAUAAAUCUCCUAAGAUUUUGUUUCUCUUCCCUUUUGAGAUGUUUGCAAUAUACUAAUAAUACAGCUGUGUUACAGUCACAUUUAGUCUUGAGAGGUGAUGGUACUAUGGUGCACUUCAGUUUGAAAGUCAUCCUGAUAAUCUUAAGCAAGCGUUUUCUUAUUUGUCAAUAUGUAAAUCUGAAAUAUUUUGUACUUCAAGUUUGUUGUUACCUAGCAUUUAUCCAUUUUGAAUUUUCAAAGCAUAAAAGUGGCAAAGAAAAUUUGAGAUAAAAAUUUUAUUUACUACUCUUAAAUGUUUAUAUCUGCAAUGUAUGAUGAGAAACUUAAUAGAAGAAUCAGUGACACCAGAAAAUCAUGACUAAAAUUUAACUUAAGUUGUAGAGAACUUUUCAUAGAGAAGCAAUGCAUUAAAUGAUUAGAUUCACAGGACAGCCCACAGCAAAGUGUUUACCUCAUGGUAUAAUUGCAAUAUUGUUAUUUGGAAAGAGUGCUAUAUUUCCUGCCUUAGCUAAUAACCAGAUUUGUCCAUGGGCUUGUGCUUGUGAUAACACGGUUUUUAUGGGGAAACCCAUUUCGUGUGCAAGAUGAACGCACCUUGGAACUAGUCUUGACCUCCCCUGAUGGAGCAUUUGAAAAUCCCUUGGGACAGCAGGAGAGCUGUGCCGUGUGUAUGCCUGGAACACAUGUGAGUUAGCAAGACCCUUCUGUGACUGCCCUGUUGUAAAAAUCUUCAAAAUAUAUUGCCUCAUGUAAAUCAUGUUCUUAUUUCUAGAUUGGAUUUAAAGUAUGGAUCAUGGACGUCUAGUAAAUAUACUUUUCUCUAAGUCUG